AUGAAGGGAAAAGGAAAAUAUGAAGAUCAUGUUAUAAAAAAACAUAAUAAAACAAUAAAGCAUAGUACUAAAAAAAAAAAAAGUAAAGAGAGAAAAAAAUAUAAUGCUUAUGAUAAUGAUUAUAAUGACCAUACUAAGAAUGAUAGACAUGGAAAUAAAAAUAAGGAUGAUAAAUAUCGGCGAUAUAAUAAUGAAAAUGUCUACUAUUAUUCCUCAAAAAAAAAUGAAAAAAUAGAAAAUGUCAGUGAUGAUAGUUCAGAUUAUUAUAUAAAAAAUAAAAAAAAUCAUAUUCGAAGAUCAAAUUUUUUGGCUGAAAAUGACUACAAAGAUGAUAAUAAUAAUAAUAAAAAAAGUGAAAUAAAAAAAUUAGGAUUUUCAUAUAAUUCGUUUGAUUAUUUUAAUGAUAGUAUUGAAAAAAAUAAGUUAUCACAUAAAUAUAUCAUAGAUGAAAAGCUAAAAUAUGAAAAGGAUGUUUUUGAGAAAGCUUAUGGGUUAUCUUUGCAGAGUGAUGGCUACUUUGAUAGCUUUUUAUUUGAAACAAAAAGUGAUGAAAAAAGUAAAAAUAAAAAUGAUAAUAAAAAAAAUAAUAAUGAUGGUGGAAAAACACCAAUGCAGUAUGAGUGUUAUAGCUGCAAAGCAAAAAAUUACUAUUCAAAUGUUCAAUGCUAUAAAUGUAAAAAACUACGAAAAAAAUAG